AUGCCCGCCUCUAAUGCCUCCCACUUCUAUUCUCCCACCUGCACCUUGCUUGGCGUGCCAGGACUGGAAGCUCUGCACCCCUGGCUCUCCAUCCCUCUGUGUGUUGGGUAUGCGAUCGCCCUUCUGGGGAACUUCACCAUCCUCUUUGUGGUGAAGACCGAGGCCAGCCUGCACCAGCCCAUGUUCUACCUCCUCUGCCUGCUCUCCUUCAUUGACCUGGGCCUCUCCACCUCCACCCUGCCCAAGAUGCUGGCCAUCUUCUGGUUUGGCCUGGGGGAGAUCACGUUUGACGCCUGCCUGGUCCAGAUGUUCUUCAUCCACACCUUCACGGGGAUGGAAUCCGUGGUGCUCCUGGCCAUGGCUUUCGACAGGUUCGUGGCCAUCUGUGACCCUCUGAGAUACACCGUCAUCCUGACCAAAGAGCGGGUGGCCUGCAUGUGUGCCUUUGUGGCGUUGCGACCAACUUUUCUGGUGAUUCCCAUCGUGCUGAUGACUCUGCGCCUGCCCUUCUGCAAGUCCCACCUCAUCAUCGCCCACACAUACUGCGAGCACAUGGGCAUCGCCAAGCUCUCCUGCACAGACAUCCGGGCGAACAGCAUCUACGGCUUGUUCACGAUUGCCUUCCUCAUGCUGGACUUAGUUCUGAUCUUUGGGUCCUACGUGCUGAUCCUAAGGGCCGUUUUCCAUCUGCCUUCCAGGGAGGCCCGGCUCAAGUCUUUGGGCACCUGCAGUUCCCACGUGGCCGUGAUUUUUGUCUUCUACACGCCAGCCUUCUUCUCCUUCCUCACCCACCGCUUUGGACACAACAUCCCCCUGUUUGGCCACAUCCUCAUUGCCAACCUCUACGUCAUUCUGCCCCCGAUGCUCAACCCGGUCAUCUAUGGCGUGAGGACCAGGGAGAUCCGGAAAAGAAUCCUGCGCAUGUUCAGUUCAGAAAGGGGACUCAUGACUCACACUGCCUGA